GAAGCAGCAACAGAAGCAGCAACAGCAGCAGCAGCAGCGACGUCGGCCGGCCGGCUGAUUUUUGAUUUAAGAAGAAAAAUUACAAACAGUCCGCAGACUCAUUUAUUUGCCGCACUUCGAGGCGCGCGCAACGCAGUGCUAGUAAGCGGUUGAAAAUUUAAAAUUUAAAUCGACGCAGAAAAUAUAAAAUACGUGAAAGAUUAUAAAUUAAAUGCUUAAAGUGAUAUUAACGUUAAAAUAAAAAUAUAGAAAAAAACGUGAUAGAACAAAUUCCAUAAUUUAUGCAGAGAGAAAAGCCAAACAAGACAAACAAUCAUCUCUCGUAGCAGGAAGGACACUUGGGCAAUAAAUUAAUCGCCGCCUUACAGUCAAUAUAAUAUAAUUAAAGAAAAUACGUAAUCAACUGCAUCAGCAAUUACUCAGCCAGUACAAACCAGCAGCUGCAGUCAGAGCCAUUUAAACAUGUCGCCACGGCUGCUACACUUAACGGCACUGUUUGCGUUGGCCAGUCUGGUGCAGGCCUUUCCCUACUCCUACCACAUGAGAGCCCCCUCGCCGCUGCCACAGAAGCUGGCCAACAGUAUUGUGGUGCAGUCACCAUCGCUGGACAAUGUGUAUAUGGAUUAUGUGGUCACCUCAAAGCCGCUGAACCUUCGCAAGUACAACAAGAACGGCAGUAAGACGAAAAAAACGAAAAAGGAUUCGAAAAUCUAUUAUAUACCCGUACCCCCACUGCCCUUCCGUCAUAUACCCGGCAUCGGUCUGGACUAUCAGCCCAUGAAAAUCAAACCCAUCAUUCUGGAAAAGGAAACACAGACGCCGCUAACACAGACGACGACGACGACGGAGGCGCCAAAGCAGAGCCCCACAGACCGUCCAAAGCCGGGCAAACCAUUGAUGGAUCACAAUAAUCUGGGCUAUCCCAGCUAUCCCAGCAAACUGUUGCGGGUGCAGCACCACAAGGAUUACUACUUCAAUGGACGUCCCCAUCGACUGCAGGUGGCCCAUGCCCAUGUCGAUGCCAAGUCCGCCCUGACUGCCCUCAAUCUUAAGUCCAAGUUCUACUACAAUAAAAACAUUAUUUAUUAAUAAAUUUAGUUAGCA